AACCUGGUCCACCUUGGACAGCUUGAACGACCCGCCGCUCUACCCCAUUCAGACAGCCUAAAGGCCUCUGGUUUCGGCCUUUCAUUGACCACAAACACCAUUUUGACCUUCUAGAACCACAUCCCACCCACCCAACGACCUUCUCAGCUCUCUUCUCACCCCCUUCAAAAACCAACCCCUCUUCCCUUCGUUGUCCACCAACCAAUCUUCUGUGUUUUUUGUUUUCUGCUUUUGGGUUAGUGGGUUUCGUAGCUUUACAUUAAUUGGUGUGAUCUUUUCCCCUUGGUGAGUUUCGAAUCUUGGAAAUGCCCGAACAUUGAGUCUCUCUGAUUGAAAUCUGAACUCUUGGGAGUCGGGUGUUUGUGGUAGUUGAAUUUCUAAAUCUGUGUUUUAGUUGCAAUAAAUUGUGGCAUUGGGGAGCUUAAAAAUGCCAGUUUCUGCAGAAUCAAGGCCUGUUCCAAAUGGGUUUUACCAGAACAAACCACACCCAAACUCGGACAUAAUCACAAUUGAUGUGGGUGGUCAGCUCUUUCAAACCACCAAGCAAACCUUAACCCUCGCCGGCCCCAAAUCCCUAUUGUCUGGGGUUUCAAGUUACGAUCAAACUGUACCAUUCAUUGACAAAGACCCUGAAUUGUUCUCUAUCCUUCUCUCUCUCCUCAGAACUGGUCAUCUUCCUUCAAAAGCCAAAGCAUUUGAUCUACAAGACAUAAUCUUUGAAGCCCAACUAUAUGGUAUUGAGAACCUCCUUAUAAAUUCUCAUUCAAACCCAUCUCAGUUUGAAGCUUAUAACCUUGAAACAUCAUUGGUUUUGCCUUUAACUGGCCGAGAGUCUCCCUCGGCUAUCUCAACAACACCGUUUGGGUCAGUUCAUGUUGCCCAUGGUAGCAAAAUCACUUCUUUUGAUUGGUCUUUGCGAAGAAAAUCCACCAUUUUGACCCAAUUCACUGCUGUUGAUUCACUAUUAGCCAUAUCGCCGAAGAUAGUGGCUGCCGGUGCCACGGACUUUUCGGGCUUACAGAUUAUUGAUCUUGACAAGGGUUUUGUGAGAGAGACAUUGAAUUGGGAUAAUGUUACUAGGUCUAGUUCAACAGUACAGGGAAUUGGGUCGAGCUCUGAAUUUUUGUUCACUAGUUUCGAGUCGGGUCGGAGAAAUUCGAAUGCAAUUAUGGUUUAUGAUCUUCAGGGUGGUUUUCGCCCAGUUAUUGAGAUUGGUCAUUGUGAAAUUUUUGGUGCUGAUCUCGAUUCUGCGAUUCCUGCGACUAAACUGAAUUGGGUUUCAAGCCACAAUCUGUUAAUGGCUUCUGGGUCUCAUAGUGGACCAUCCGGGAUGUUGGGGAAUAUUAAAUUUUGGGAUAUAAGGUCUGGGAAUGUGGUUUGGGAACUCAAAGAAAAAGUAGAUUGCUUUUCUGAUGUCACGGUUUCAGAUAAUCUUUCAGCAAUAUUCAAGGUUGGUGUGAAUUCAGGUGAGUUGUUCUUUGCUGAUUUGAGGAAUAUUGGUUCCGAGAACUCGUGGGUUGGCCUCGGUGACAGAAGAAAGGUGAUAAAUGGGAAGAAGGAAGGUGUUGGUUGUAAGAUUGAAAGCCAUGGAAAUCAAGUGUUUUGCAGCAAGGGAGGAGAUUUGGAAUUGUGGUCAGAGGUUCUCAUUGGUGCUUCAAGCAAGAGUGAAAACAAGUUAAAAGACAGGGUGUUUAGGAAGAACUUAAUGGGGAGAGCAAAUGAUAUGGGAGGAAGUAGGAUAACCCACAUCUCUUUUGGAGGGAACAAAAUGUUCAUGACGAGGAAGGAUCAGCAAUUUGUUGAGGUUUGGCAGAGUUCAGUAAGGGAUUCUGAUCUCAAAAGCUUUAGUUAGGACUAUUAGAUGGAAGAUUGUAUGGCUUGUUAGUAUUCAGCUUUCUUGUUAAGUCUGUGUAUUACUUCCUGGUUUGGUUUAUUUGUAAAUGACUUUGUAUUUUAUCAUGCUUCCAAUUGUUUACAAAUGCUAAGUUUUAUGAGAUUAAUUAGCAUCAUGAAUUGUUGGUCUUUUAUGCUUCCCUUUCUCUUCUCACUGCUGUUGAUUUUUUCAUCUUCCAUGAAUGCAGUUCUUAAUUUUGAAGUUCAGUGAGAUCUG